UUAAUCUAAGCUUUUACACGUGUUUACACGCCGUCAAAGAGCAAAGCGGAACUACGUGCUAGUCACAAUUCUCGACGAGCAAUAUUUACAGUGACACAAAGCGUCGCUGGUCAGACACAUCGAGAUCACAUCUGCUAGCCGGGCUUUGUCACCAUGGCAGGGGGAGGGGCAGCCGAUGUCCACCUCAGCAAGAAAUUUGUGUCGGAGACGGAGCUUGAUGAGAGGAGGAAAAAAAGACAGGAAGAAUGGGAGAAGGUCAGAAAACCUGAUGAUCCUCAGGAGGCGCCAGAGGAGGAGUACGACCCACGUUCGCUCUUUGAGCGACUGCAGGAACAGAAGGAAAAAAAACAGGAGGAGUUUGAGGAACAGUUUAAAUUCAGGAACAUGGUGAGGGGAUUGGAUGAAGAUGAGACCAGUUUCCUGGACGAGGUCUCCCGGCAACAGAGCCUGGUGGAGAAGCAGCGUAGGGAUGAGGAGAAGCAAGAACUGUUGGAAUACAGAAGCGCUGUAGCAAAACAAACAUCCUCUGAAGCCCGCAGAGAGCCUGAGAAAAAGAUAGCCCCCAAGCAGUCUGGGUCAGAGCAGAAGACCAGCCACCUGUCUCAGGCCCAUUUACUUGCUGGAGCUGUUAAGAGACGCAGUUCGUCACAGUCUUCAGAUACUAGUAAGAAACAGAAGGUGGACAUCACAACAACGGCAACAACAGGAAAUGGUGACAGUCACACAGAACAGGAGACAGGAGCAGGAGGAGGAGCAGGGGGAGCUGAAGAGCAGCAGAACCUCCCCAGCCCGACAAAGACCUCUCCGGCUCCCCUGAGCUCCGGUCAGGGCGUGUUGCACCUCCCGUCAGCAGCCGUGUGCGUCGGCGUUUUACCAGGACUAUGGGUCUAUUCCAGCAGCAGCAACUCUGACAGCAGCUCAGACAGCGAAGGUAGCGUGGACGCAAUCAUGUUGCCGUACCCUCGGCACAGCAGGGCGUACCGAUAGGCACCAUACACACACACACACACACACACACACACUCAUCCACAUGACAGUCACACACACAGACACAAGUUCAUGUCACAUUACUCACACACACACAACUGCAGCAGUAUGUUUCCUGGUGUUUUCACAGCUGUGAGUUGAACUGUUGCACUUUGUCACCCAACAAAGUUCAGCCCAGUAAUGUAGGCCUAUACAACUGAACUGAAAUUUAAGCCAUCAUCAGCACUAUUCUAAAGUCAAUCUGUGCAUUAUUUAUUUUGAGUUUUGUUUUUUCUAUUGUGGCGCCUAAACGUGACACCUCCACCUUUCCUUCCCUCAAUCACAUUUC